AUGGUACCCGCCAAAGCUUGGGACAACCGCGUUCCCCAGUCAUCUUCCGCCUCGCAGCCCUCGUCAUCCUCGAUGGCGGCCGACCAUCCAUCCUUGCCGAUACGCAGUCAGGAUCAAUUGGCACCAGACACGAAUUACCCCGACAUCGCAUUCGAGUUUAGCAACAGAAAAUGGCGAAGCACAGCCGCGUAUCUGCAAACGGAACUUUUGUCGAGCAUGAGACUCGUGAUUAGUGCAGAUCAGCUCUCUGCUAGUCCUAGAGUGGCGCAGAAAUGCUGCGUCAGACUUGUCCAACUCGAGGAACAGGAGACUGGAUAUGAUCCGAUAUUUCGUGUUUGGUCGAACCAACCAAGCAAUCCUGAUAGGCUGGAACUUAUCUGGGACUAUCAUACCGAAGGCGGCUUCCCGACCGCGCGUGCCCUUCGUCGAAGAGUGCAAUGGUCUUCGAUGCAGUGA